AUGGACUACGAAAAUCAGUCCUUGUUGAAAAAUUUCAUGUUAAAUUCGUCCUUUCAUGGGCUGAAGUACCUAGCGGAACCUGGGCGACAUUGGUCUGAAAGGCUCUUUUGGGUUCUCAGCUGCUCUACCAGUUGGUAUAUAUCCAUAACUCUAAUGUAUUCCACCUGGAUUUCUUAUCAGAAUAAUGCGAUCAGUUUUAUGGUGGAAACUAGCUAUACCGAGUGGGAUUCGAAGUUUCCGGCUGUUUUCGUUUGCGAUGUGAAAAACGACGACAAAAUCGCAACAGUUUCCGAUAAAAUUUACGGCGAUCCUCACGAUUACACCUUGGAUGAGAUGGUCAAAGAGCUGGCAUUUUACGACGAAAAUUACUUUUUCACUAUGGAAAUAUGUGGCCCCCAUAAAAGAAAUCCUCAUCCUAUGUGCUACUUGACCAAUAUUUCAGAUAUUGCAAACCAAGUUCAAAGCACUUGUUCAGAAACCUUCCUGGGCUGCGCCUGGAACAAAAAUCCCUUCGAGUGUUGCAAGCAUUUCGCACCGAUUACCACCGACUUGGGAGUUUGCUAUGGGCUCAAUUCUAUACAAACCAAUCAUGCCCUCAAGCUCCAAAUGAUUUCCAAUCGAACUCUAGGUCCUGGUUCUUUACAACUGGAGUUAAAUGGGCGGAAGCAGGUUUAUAUUUUGGGGCCUUUAGAAGUGCCAUCUACGGUAACAUCGAAACGAGAUUUUAUUCAAGUGGUGCCCAGCUCGAAAACAAAAAGAACUUUUAAUUUAAAAGAUAUUGAGAAUGAGCCAGAGGUAAAAAGCUUGAAUAUCCAUCAAAGAAAAUGCCGUUUUGCCGAAGAAAACUAUUUGGACGUUAUCAAUUCUUAUAGUUAUAGUGCAUGUCUAAUGCAAUGCCGCAAAGAUGCCCAGUUGAGAAAAUGUGGAUGUGCUCACCACUUAAUGCCGAAUCUAACCUAUGAGAAACAUUGCAACUUCUCAGGCCUGGCUUGUCUUCAACAGAACUUGAGGGAGUUGACGGUUCAAAAACCUCCAGGUUCCACGAAAAUCGGUCUGGAAUGCAGUUGCCUCCCCAGCUGUAUGGAAAUCCAGCUAGAUGUAGUUACAGAGGAAACAUUUGAUGUGCCAGAGGAGUUUGGUAUGUUGGAACUCGCUCUAGAGAAACUUCCCACAGAGAGGUUCAAAAGAAACGUAGUCAAAGGCCAUUUGGAUGUUGUUGUAUCAAUUGGCAGCGCUUCAACACUUUUCGUCGGCGCCAGUUUUCUCAGUUUUGUUGAGAUAAUUUACUAUCUAAUAUUCCUCCCUUUUAACAACUACAUAAAGAGAUUGUUGAAGGCUAGAAGCACCACUCUAAUGGCGUGGUUUUAAGCUCAAUGUUUGGUUUAUUGGAGUUUAAUUGAUUACGGCGAAAAACGGCCCAAAAUACAACUUAUAUAAAGCCAUCUGGCAAUCUUUUUCAGAAUUUUUUUAAAGCAAAACCGUUCGAAGACCAUAUUGCUAGUGGCAUU